GCGGUUUUCUGUGGGCGAGCGGCAGCGGCGCGCGUCGGGCCGGCGAGGCAUGGAGGCCGGCGGGAAAGGCCGGCCGUGGCGGAGAGGGACGGCGAGCGGGAGCCGGAGCGGCGGCGGCGAGAGGCGAGUGCUGUUGUGGCUCGUGUGCGUUUGCGUGUGGGAGAGCGGGGCCGAAACGCUGCGCUAUUCCGUGUGGGAGGAAAUGGCGAGGGACUCGUCGGUGGGCAACGUGGCUCGGGACCUGGGGCUUUCUCCGAGCCAGCUCGCGGCUCGCAAGGCGCGCGUGGUGUCCGAGGGGAGCGAGCAGCAUUUCCGCCUCGAUCCGCACAGCGGCGUCCUGACGGUCACGGAGACGCUGGACCGAGAGCGGAUCUGUCCGCACAGCGAGAGCUGCGCGCUCUUCUUUAAGCUUUCCUUUGAGAACCCGGUGCAGCUGAUCCGCGGGGAGGUGGAGGUUCGCGACGUGAACGACAACUCCCCCGUGUUCCCGCAGAAGGAGGUGGUUCUGGAGAUACCAGAAAUGGCAUCAACUGGGUCUCGGUUCCCCCUAGAAGAAGCACGAGAUAAAGACUUGGGUAUUAACGGUUUGCAGAAUUACAGCCUCUCCCCGAAUUCGCAUUUCUCCCUUGCUCUCGAAACAGGGAAAGGAGGAGCUGAAUUCGUGAAGCUCGUCCUUGAGAGGCCUCUGGACCGGGAGGAGCAUCGGGAGUUGCAUUUGGUGCUCACGGCCACGGACGGGGGCUCGCCGCCCAGGUCGGGCACGGUUGAGGUGCGGGUGGUGGUGCUGGAUGCCAACGACAACAUGCCGGUGUUCUCGCGGGAGGUGUACGAGGUGCGCGUGGCCGAGAAUAGCCCGCCGGGGCAGCUGGUGGUGCGGGUGUCGGCCGCGGAUCCCGACGAAGGCUCCAAUGGGAAAGUUGAAUACGAAUUCACUUCUGAGGAGUCGGGAAAUCUGUUCUAUCUGAACGCCGCCACCGGAGAGAUUCGGGUCUUGGGCAAUCUGGAUUUUGAAGAAACGGAAUACCACGAUAUUGAGGUCAAAGCCACGGACGGCGGCGGUCUGUCUGCGCACUGCAAAGUGCACGUGGAGGUGCUGGACGUGAACGACAACGCGCCGGAGAUCGAGCUGAGCUCGGUGAGCGCGUCCGUCCCCGAGGACGCCCCGCCCGGCACCGUGGUGGCCCUGCUGAGCGUGCGGGACCGCGACUCCGGCGACAACGGGCGGCCGGAGUGCGCCAUCGAGGGCGACGUGCCGUUCAGGCUGACGGCCGCGUUCGCCGACCACUACGAGCUGCGCACCAGCGCGGCCCUGGACAGGGAGACGACGGCCGAGUACAACGUGAGCAUCGUGGCCGCGGACCGGGGCCGGGCGCGGCUGAGCGCUCGCGAAAGCGUGCGGGUGCGGAUCGGCGACGUGAACGACAACGCGCCGCGCUUCACGCAGGCGGCGUACAGCAUGUGGGUGAGCGAGAACGAGGCGGGCGCGGUGCGGCUGGGCAGCGUGAAGGCGACGGACGCGGACGCGGGCGCGAACGGGCGCGUGAGGUACGCGCUGGUGCGGGAGGAGGGCGAGGAGCGGCCCGCCGUGUCGGUGGACGCCGAGAGCGGGGACGUGUCCGUGGUGCGGCCGCUGGACUACGAGGAGGUGCGCGCCGUGGAGGUGACGGUGCGCGCGGCCGACGGGGGCUCGCCGCCGCGGAGCGCCACGGCGCUGCUGCGGGUGCUGGUGCGGGACGAGAACGACAACGCGCCCGUGGUGCUGCACCCGCCGGCCGACGGCGGCGCGGCGCUGGGCGAGCUGGUGCCGCGGCGGGCGCGGGCGGGCUACCUGGUGGCCAAGGUGGUGGCGGUGGACGCGGACGCGGGGCAGAACGCGUGGCUGUGCUACGAGCUGGCCAAGGCGACGGAGCCGGGGCUGUUCCGCGUGGGGCUGCACAGCGGCGAGGUGCGCACGGCGCGGGCCGUGGGCGAGCGCGACGCGGCCCGGCACAGGCUGGUGGUGCUGGUGCGGGACCGCGGGCGGCCGCCGCGCUCCGCCAGCGCCACCCUCGCCGUCGCCCUGGCCGACGGCUUCUCCGAAGGCCGCCUGCGGGCGAGCGAAGAGGCGCCGGCCGCCGAGCCCGACGGCCGCCUCACCCUGUACCUCAGCGUCUGCUUGGCCUGCGUGUCCGCGCUCUUCGUGGCCGGCGCGGCGGCCGCCGUGGCCGCCAAGGUGCGGCGGGCCCGGCGGGGCGAGCCGGGGACCUUGCCCACGUUCCCGCGCUCCGCCGCCGACAGCGGCGCCGGCUCCCUGCCCCGCAGCUACGUCUACGACGUCCGCCUCGCCGCCGGCACCGUCGACAGCGAGUUCCGCUUCCUCGGGCCGCUCUUCCCCUGCUUCCCCGCCGGGCUGCCGCAGGGCGCGGCCGAGCAGCGGAGCUCGCUGUGCUCGGCCGGCCUCGGCCAAGAAGAAGGCGACUGGGCCGUGCAGGGCCGAUCUCCGUUCCCUGAAGACACAGCUCCCAGGCCAGCAGAAGAGAACACUUCUUUGGGUCAGUGUCCUUGGCUCACCCAUCUGUAAUCAAGGAGAAAGAGAAGCAUCUCAGUCUUCAUGGGCUAGCAUUCUCAAAGGGAAGGAGAGCAUCGAAAGUAUUCUAGGGAGGUUCAGGAGUUCUCUGUUUUAGUGCAAGGGUACUCUCCCGUUAACUUGGACUUCAUUCAGGAGGACUGUGUUGCAUGCUGGUUACACUAAGAUUUGAUGUCUUAUUGGCAUAGCUCUAUUGCACUUGAAUCUUAAGGGAAAUAUGAAAGUUGAUCUUCAAGAUAACUUUAUACUACAUCAGCUUUCUUGCAUUCUUUGUUGUUGUCAAGUGAAUCCUGUAAAAAUGAUUAAUUUUCUGUAAUCUACUCAAUACCAUGCUAUACAGUCAAAAUUAAAUAAUGUUUGGAAGGGAAUUCUUUAGUAACAAGCAGAAUGUCCUACACUGGAAAUAACUGACAUUGGCACACUGUAUAUUCUACCAUAUGUUUUCAAAUUCUCCAAGCUGCAAUGUAUGGUCUUUGAAUGCUGUGUUCUUGUGUUUGUUUAUUUUUUUCAUUCAUAAUGAGAAACUGAAAUAAAUGGUUAUUGAGCAUUA